AUGGCCCCUGAGCUUCGCAAGCGCAAAGCUCUCGCGCAACCCGCGCCGCCUCCACCAGCGAAGAAGAAGACUUCGCCCAAGCCCAAGGCCGCAGAGCCCACCAAGGGGAAAAAGGUUACCACCCCGCCCAAGGAGACCCAGCCCGAAAAGUCGAAAUCCCCUGUGAACGGCAAGGAUUCAGUCAAGCCGGCAGCAUCCACCCCUGCAAAGGUGGGCGAUGUUGUCGACCUCGACGGCUUCGGGGGUGAGGUUGAGACACAUGACGGCAAGAAGGUCACUCUGAAGCAGCUGGUCGAUGAGAGCAAGGCCGGCGUUGUCCUCUUCACGUAUCCCAAGGCGUUGACACCAGGAUGCACCAAGCAAGCAUGCCUUUUCCGCGACUCGUACGAGCCGCUAACUGCUGGCGGACUGGCCAUCUAUGGUCUCUCGGCUGACACUCCCAAGGAGAACGCCAAAUUCAAGGAGAAGAAAGACCUACCAUACGCGCUUCUGUGCGACCCCAAGGCGACGCUGCUCGCGGCUAUCUCCCUCAAAAAGGGCCCAGGAAAAGCGGCUCGCGGAGUCUUUGUCAUUGACAAGACCGGCAAGGUCCUUGCAGGUGAACUGGGCAGCCCGGAUAAGACGCUCGAUAUAGUUAAGGGGCUGCUCGCUGAGACCAAUGGCGCUGCGAAAGACGCAGUAGACAAAGUUGAAAAGGCCAAGGAGGUGGUAGAGGGAAAGAAAGACGGCGCAGGCAAGGGCGAGAGCGAGAAGAAGGAGGAGAAGAAGGCCGAGAAAGAGGAGAUGGAGGCUGGCAAUGAAAAGAAGGAGGCCGACGAGGAGAAGAAAGCCGAGAAGGAGGAGAAGGAGGAGAAGGAGGCCAAGGAGAAGAUUGAGAAGGAGGCUGAAAAGGAGGCCGAGAAAAAGGAUUGA